AUGAGAGUCCCUGGCUUUCCUUCCCUUACUUUCCGAGCUGAUUCCCUGCUUGUUCAGUGCUGUAUCGCUGCCUGCGUUUGGUACGGGCCUCAAGAUGCUGCGGCGAUCGGCAUGAUGUACUGGCUGGGAAGACAGCAUGGCAAGAAGGUGACAACGCCGCACAAGCUCUCCGUCGACAGCCAGACGGCUUUCCAGAACUUUUUGCGACGCAAGAACCUGACCAGUCAACAGGUCACGGUGGACUGGAAGGGAGCGGACGGUUUUGUCAGCCUGCGCAGCUGA